UCAAGCAAGUACCAUCCAUCAUGUCUACAGUUGCAGAAGGGGGACUCUCCAGCAAAUACGUCUUGCAAACCGCUGGCUUCGAUGCCCGGUUCCCAAACACGAACCAGACCAGACACUGCUUCCAGAACUACACGGACUAUUUCAAGUGUAUUACUGCAAAGGGCGAGGACUUUGCCCCGUGCAAGCAGUUCAAACGCGCUUACAACUCUCUCUGUCCCAAUGAAUGGAUCUCCAAGUGGGACGAGCAACGCGAGAAUGGUGCCUUCCCCGCGUCGUUAGAGCCUUGAAGGCGAGUCUGAAGAUUUGUGAUUGAUUAAUUGUAGAGGUGGCAAAACCCUUCUGGUGUUCAUCAAUCAACCGUUGCAUUCAGACAAUAAAUUCUUGCUCAAUGACUUUCUGUGAAAUAACAUUUAUUCUUUGAAACAAUCAUACCGAGGCCGGAUUCUU